GGAGGGAGCCGGGGAGGCGGGGUCCGGGGAGCUGAGCUCGCGGCCCCAGCGCGCCAGUCCCGGGGCUGCAGGGAGCGCAGCGCGCGCCGCCCGGGCCCCGGCCACCGGACGCCCUACCGGACACGACCCUCCCUGGAGCUUGGACAACUGCCCACCUCGGACACUGCACCGGACACUGCCCCCCGCGGGGCUGGACACUACAACGGACACUACUUCCCCGCUCCGGACAUUGCUCUCUGCCACCACCACCCCCACCCCAUACGGCCCUGGAAGCUUGCCUCCACCCCCCUUCGGGGACCCAGACAGUGAGCCCCCCGCAGGCUCUCGCUCGAGUCCCCCGACACUUCAGCGCUGGACACUGCCUCCUCCCAGCUCCCGUUUCCCCUCCCCUCCCACCUCUCUUCCCUCCCCCCCCCCCCAUUUCCCCGUUCUGGUCUGAACCCUGCCAGUUUCUCCGAUCCCCUGCUGCUUGGCCGGGGUUGCCCGCGCCCCCCGUCUCCCAGCUGCCGGUCCGGAUGCCUCUCCCCGGGGGACUGUGGUGGCUCCUCUGCUGCCGUCGAGGCUUCACUCUUCUGCACCGGGACUACGGGGACGGCGAGCUUAGCGGGGACGGGGACGAAGACGAGGACGAGGAGACCUUUGAGCUACGGACCCCGAGUCCAGCGGGCGGCGGGAGGUCAGGACAGAACGCUCAGCCUUUCCUGGGCCCCCUGGAUGUGACGCUAACUCAGCCAGUGAGGAGCGGGCAGGUCUCGGACAGGCUGCAGAGCUGGGAAGAAACCUGGAGCCUCAUCCCAGAAAAGGGGUUGCCGGAGGAUGACCCCGACGUGGUCGUGAAAGGCUGGCUGUACCGGGAACCCCGCGGAGGAGGGGCGCGGCCAUGGUUACCCCCGCGCCGAGCCUGGUUUGUGCUCACUCGAGACUCCCUGGACCAGUUUAGCAGCAGCGGGAAGGGCGCGAAGCGCCUUGGGAGUCUGGUGCUCACCAGCCUGUGCUCAGUGACUGGCCCGGAGCGUAGGCCCAAGGAAACUGGUCUGUGGUCAGUGACUGUGUCUGGCCGGAAACACAGCGUCCGCCUCUGCUCCCCACGCCAGGCAGAGGCAGAGCGCUGGGGGGUGGCACUGCGGGAAGUGAUUGCCUCCAAGGCUCCACUAGAGACCCCUACCCAGCUACUGCUCAGGGACAUAGAGGAGAGUUGUGGGGAUCCAGAAGCAGUGGCCCUCAUCUACCGGAGGAACCCUAUUCUGAGGCAUACCAGCGGCGCCUUGUAUGCUCCACUCCUGCCCCUGCCCUACGAGGUCAGCGCCCCAGGUCCAGGUUAUGCAUCUCUGCGGGAGGAGGCAGUGCGGCUGUUCCUGGCACUGCAGGCACUGGAGGGGGCCCGGCGCCCUGGGCCCCUGAUGCAGGGAGUGCUACAAACCUGCCGGGACCUGCCUGCACUUCAGGACGAACUCUUCCUGCAGCUGGCUAAGCAGACCUCAGGCCCUGCCGGUCCUCCUGGGCUCCCUGCUACCCAAGACCCUGCAACCUUGCGGUACUGGCAGCUUCUCACUUGUAUGAGCUGCACUUUCAGACCUGGAGGAGCUGUAAGAGGGCAUCUCCUGGGACAUUUGGAGAGGACUGAGCAGGCUCUACCGGACUCAGAACUGGCGGAAUAUGCGCGCUUCAUCCGGAAAGCGCUGAGCCGGACGAGGGGCCGAGAGCUGGUGCCGUCGCUAGCAGAGAUUUCCGCACUGAGCCAACGGCAGGAACUGUUGUGCACGGUGCACUGUCCCGGGGCUGGCGCCUGCCCGGUGACCAUCAAUUCCCACACCACAGCCGGAGAGGUGGCUCAAGAACUAGUGGGGCGGCUGGGUUUGGCCCGGAGUCGAAAUGCAUUCGCGUUGUACGAGCAGCGAGGAGCCCAGGAACGAGCCCUGGCUGGGGGGACCCUCGUGGCCGACGUUCUCACCAGGUUUGAGAAUUUGGCCUCCGAGGAGAUCGGAGGGGAGGACUCCCCCGACUCGGGAUGGAGGCUGUGCCUGCGUCUCCACGGACCUCUGCACCCCGAAGGGCUGUCCCCAGAUAGUCACGAACUGCCUUUCCUCUUUGAGCAGGCCCACGCCCUGCUGCUGCGCGGCCGACCACCCCCGCCCGACGACACGCUGCGCGCCCUGGCGGCGCUGCGCCUGCAGAGCCUGCACCGGGACUUCUCCCCGCGAGUGCCCCUGCCGCGCCUGGACCGCCUGCUGCCGCCCCCGGCCCCGCCGCGCGAGGACCCGCCCCGCCCAGCCCCCAGGCCGCCACCGUCCGCCGCCCUGCUGGCCGGGGCGCUCUGGAGCCCCGGUCUGGCUAAGAGGCGGGCUGAGCGGGCCCGGCGCGCCGGGGCCAACCGAUCGGCGGCGGGAAGCGCGGUCCGAGAGGGAGGCGGCGGUGCCGGCACGGCGGCCGCGGUGCUGGGCAGCUGGAAACGUCUUCGGGGAAUGGGCCGAGCUGAGGCCAUGGCUGCCUACUUGGCUCUCGCGGCGCAGUGUCCGGGUUUUGGCGCUGCUCGGUAUGACGUUCUGGAGCUGAGCACGGAGCCUGGUGGAGGUACUCCACAGAAGCUAUGCCUGGGCCUGGGAGCCAAGACCAUGUCCCUCUCCCGGCCUGGUGAGACAGAGCCCAUCCACAGUGUCAGCUAUGGCCAUGUGGCCGCCUGCCAGCUAAUAGGCCCCCACACUCUGGCAUUGCGGGUGGGUGAGAGCCAGCUCCUCCUGCAGAGUCCCCAGGUGGAAGAAAUCAUGCAUCUAGUGAAUGCCUACUUGGCCAACUCUUACCCAGAGAAGCCCUGCAGCAUCUCUGCUCCUCCAUGCCAAGACCUGCCAGACACCUCCCCUCCCAGUCAGCACCAAGGCCUGGACAAGUCCCAGGGACAUUCUGGCUGCUUGGGGCAGCUGCAGGACUGAGCUUGCCAAAAAGGUCACGACUUCUUCUCCUGCCUGCAGCCUGGACCAGGACUGCUCUCAGCCUUGAGGAAACCAUGGACCUUUUCGGCCCUGCAGGGACAGGGCACGCCUACACCCGAGGGCUGCAAUGGGUGGGGACAAUUUUCUAGUUUGUUUCUUAAUUUAUUUGUAGAAGAGAAGCGCAAAAAAAAAAAAUCCUUAUUUACACAAACCCUUCCUGUGGGAGAGUUGUCAGUGGGACAAGUUGGAGCUCCCUGGCUCAGUGCUCCACCCCUGGGGACGCCUACACUCUGCGCUUGUACCAGGCCUUGAAGAGAUUCUGGACACCACAGAGCGCCGCCCUCUUUAACCUUCUGGAUUUAACCUCCUACUAGCCAGUCUCCUGCCGUAGGGUGGUGGGUGGGGCAGGCAAGAAGGCAGUAUGGGAAGCGGGGAGUUACCCUCUUGUCUCGGCUCAGUAGCAUGGGGGUGGCCUCCUUACAUCCAUGAGCCUGGAUAGCAGUGAGUCAUUAGGCCUGGCACUGCCCAUUUCCUCCCCCUGGUAUCCAGCUUCUGGGCCCUUUUUGGAUCCAUCUUUGGUUGCCUAUUACUUUGAGACUGAAAUGAAUAGAAGCUUGGGGGCAGAGGACGGCCAUAAGAACUGGGUUGUUUUUUUUGCAUGGAAAAUUAGCUCAGGUGAGGGCUCAACCUACUCCUGAGUUCUGUUUCUGCUUGUCAGGGUUGGUUGAACAGGCUUGAAAUUCCUGACGGAUAGGCCCUGAGCACUGGGAAAACAGCAUUCUAGUUGUUCAGAUUGGGGCAGAAUGCAGUGGCCCUAAACACUAGACAGCACAUCUCUGCCCUAAGUACAGGCAGUCAGGGCAGCGGGGUCCACUGAGGGGCAGAGGCUUAGACACUGAGGAGGCAGCAGACAUCACAAACCCAACAGACUUUUUUUUAUUAUUUAUUUAUUUGUGUAUGUGUGCGUGUGUGUGUGUGUGUGUGCAUGCGCUAGUA